ACCUAUGGGAGAAGGAAGAAAAACAGUUUGAAAAUAAAACUCCAACAACCCAACAAAACCCCACAGACAAAAAAAAAAAAACAACCCUAAGAAACCCCACCCAAACAAAAUGAAACACCAUUUGUCUUAAAACCUGUACUUUUUUGUAAAUUUCUGAAAUAAAAUGCACCAAUAUGGUUGAAAUUGUAGCAGAGCCCUUACAUGUAUCUGGCUAGGAUAUUUCCAGUUGAUUGCCAAAACAGAAAUGCCCCAUUCAUGUGUCUAAGGAAGCAUACUUAAUGUUCUAUUAAGCAUGAGUAAGUACUGGAUUUAUUUAGUGGCAGGUUGCUGGAAUAACCAUUUAGAAAGUAAUUGAAGCACUGCAGACUCCAAUUCUCACUUGUCAUUUUCCUUUAAUUAGUGUGUUCAUUCUAAAAAAAUAAUUGUCUUAUGUGGGAGGAGGAUGGUGAAAGAAGGAGAAGGAAAGUAUAUGUGUCCUUUUGUUGUUUCCAAAAACUUUAACAGCCUUAUGCACCAAAAAUUUGCCUGUCAGGCUAACCUGUAUGCAGAUUAAGCCAGGCAGUACUGCACAGCUCCAUUUUUCUUACCUGUCUGAUCAUAUUUUUUAUAUUACCUUUCUCCACUUUGAGUAUAUGCUAAAGCAAAACUUUCCACACGAAACACUUUCAGUGUUUUGCAUAUUUAUUAGUUAAGUCUUUGCUUCAGUAUUUGCACUUCUGCAGCAUUACAAAGAAGAUCUAGAAAAUAAAGAAUUCCUUGUAAAAUGCAGUUGUCAUCUUUGUAUACAAUUCCUUAGGUAGACUUCUAGAAGUUCACCUAAACUUCUUCAAAAUUGAAGUUUCAAAGGCUCCUCCUUUUGAUGUCAGCUCUGAAUUCUCAUGUACUUGAUUGAUAAAAGAUUUUUGUAUAAAAUUUAUGUAAUUUUAUUGACUGUAUCGACUGAUGAAAAGUAUUAGUGAUAAAAUCUUGCUGUUUAAAAAUACUAACUUGCUAUGAGGUACAUGGUAGUUGCUCUUUGAACAGAAAGACAGUUGUUCUCAGUAGUACACCAUAUUAGUAGUAUGGCAGACUCUGGAACCUUCCCAGCUCCCCUGAUGUUAGUGCAAGCUGACCUCGCAAUUUUACAUUUAAAAAGAGGACAGUCAUGCUCACAGUGCUGCUAUCCCCAGGUUCAUUUGUUCUUGAUAUCCUCCUCCUCUGCUGUCCUACUCGCUUGGGCUGGUUAAGAUUUAAACAAAUUUUAGAAAGGAGUUGUUGAGUUACCUUUGUUAUUCACACUCUGUAGAAGUGUCAGCACUUGGAUGCUGAUAGAGGAGAUUAGCAUGGAAUUUCUUUUAAAAAUAAUUAGGGAAUUGAUUUUUAGUUAUGCAGUGAGCCAUACUAAGCCAUAAGCAGUUUUUUAUUUGUUUUUAUAAUUCUGAAAUACCUUAAGCAUUCUUUAUAAAACACAAGAGCCAAAAAUUUUGCUGGUGUCUUAGGUGUUUUGCAAUUUGUAGCUUAUUUUCUUAUGGUAUUUUUCUUGUCUUUCUAUAGGGCUGAAAGACACACAGGAGUCUUCAUGGAUAUAGUUGAUACAUUUAACCAUUUAAUUCCUACUGAACAAUUAGAUGAUGCCCUAUUUCUAGAAUCCCACCUGGAGAAUGAAGUCUGUGAGGAUUUUAGUACAAGUCAAAAUGUCUUAGAGGAUUCGCUGAAGAACAUGCUCAGCGAUAAGGAUCCUAUGCUAGGAUCUGCAAGUGCCCAGUUCUGUUUGCCUGUUUUGGAUAGCAAUGACCCCAAUUUCCAGAUGCCUUGUUCUACAGCAGGGUCUGUGUGGAAUGCUCCUCAUCAGGGGCCUCAUGAAACUGUCUUUACUAGCUGACUUGUAGCUCAGGUGGUUUGAAAUUAGCAAGAUUCUGUGCUUCAAUUCCUCUGUAAAAUUAAAGCUGCAGCACAGAGUCUUUUAUUGGUCUUGAUGAUACUAUGGAUGAAGAAGGAGUUAAAGAGAGUGGUAAUGACACCAUUGAUGAUGAUGAGCUUGCUUUACCUAAUAGGAAUUUGAGAAGCCGUGCUGAAGAAGCAUCAGUCACAUCACCAAGGAAAUCACCACGUUUAAUGGCACAAGAACCAGUACGGAGUCUGCGGCAGAGCACGCUAGCCAAGCGUUCGAAUGUUGCUCCUCCUCUUAAUACCAAGAAAUCAUCUGUAAAAAGUGGAUCUGCUCCAAAAAAUGGACAGAAACAAGAGAGAAGUCCAGUUAAAGAGACAGAUGUUGCUGCACGCUUGAAAACAGAGCAGCCUAGGGAGGUCAGGCGUAGUACAAGACGAUCAGGACAGGUAGAAGGAACAGCAGCAGUAACAGCAUCCCAGAGUAAUACAAAAUGUCUGCCUGGUCCUGAAGAUAUGAAAGAAAUAAAGACUGAAACCCCUGAGCAGGCAAAAGUUGAAGAAACAUCCCAAGAGUUAAGUUGUGCUAAUUUAACAGAACCCUGUUCUUCUGGAGAAACAAAGGAAGUAGCAGAGGUUCCAGUGAACACUGACUCUGGGAGUGCUGAGUCAGUUUGUUCCCUAUCUGCAGAUACUGAAAUGAUUCCAGUUAAAAAUGAAACAAGUGAUGUGAUUGAUUCAAUGGAUUUGGAAAAUUCUUCAGAAGAAAAGACUGAUAAUAAAGCAGAGGAAUUAGAGAAGAAAGCAGAAGAACAUAAUCAAAUUGAAGUAACUGGAAAAGAUAAUGAUUCAUCUAGUGCUUGCAUAAAUGCAGAUGGAAUUUGUGAGACCUUUUCAAAUUUGUCCAGCUCUGUGAAAGAGGAGGGUGAUUGCAGUUCAGGUUCCCACAAUGUGGAAGUUCUUGAUGAAAAUACAUUGUCAGUAAAAGAAUGUGUAACAGAAGCUGGAGGUGAUGACAAGGGAAUGGAGAACACUGAAUCUCCAUCUGAGAAACUAUUGGACAGCACAGACUGUGAUAAUAAAGACUUGAAAAGCAAAGAGUUUACUUCUACUGACCCAGGAAAUAGCAUUUUAGAAAGCAAUGUUGUUGACCAGUCAAGCCAAAAUGUACAGCAGCAGAUUGGCAGUACAACAGUAGAAGGCUCUGAGGCAUCAAAAUUUCAGGACGAUGAGAAACAAAUUGGUAUUUCAACAAAAUGUGAAAAGAACAUUAGACCACGGCAUAGUAAAUCUGUAGUACAGAAUAAACAAAAUCUGACUGCAGGUACUCGGCAGAAAUCAGGUUCAAUGCAACAAGAAAUGACACGGUCAAGAACGAGAGCUGGUGUUGCUGUUUCGGGCCUUCACAGUCCCUCUUCAGCAAGUCUGAAGAGAAAUGCAGAUGAGCAAGACAGUCAUCAGCAUCCAAAUAACCCAGUUAAAAUUAGAAAGAAACAAUCUGAUCUGGGUUUGAAAGCAAAGAGUAGCGUUUCAGGGGUGACUGUUAAAAAACAGACCAACACAAAGCUAAAGAAAAUACCCCGAGUCCAGACUUCUGGGCAAGCCCAGAAAUCAUCAGUUCAAAAACCAAGUGAGAAAUCUCCUACUUCUCAAAGCUGUUCUAAAGAUAGCCACCACUCUGUGCAUUCAUUGUCAGGUCAUGUUUCACAUCCUGGUCAAAAGCAAGCCAGCAAACACCAACUUGCAACUGGGCUAAAAACAAAUAACUCUACAAAGGAAGAGGCAGAGACUAAAGAUCCCUCUGUUGUAGAACAUCUGAAGGAGGAUGAUAAGGAAAAAAACAAGUCAAAAAGAAAUGAUAGGACUCUCCAACCUCGCCAGAGAAGAAGUAGCAAAAGUCUUUCACUUGAUGAACCUCCCUUGUUCAUUCCAGAUAACAUUUCAACUGUUAAAAGGGAAGGCUUGGAACAUACCUCUGCUAGUGAGAGCAAACAUAUUUGGGUGCCCAGCAAGCAGUGUGGAUUUUGCAAAAAGCCACAUGGCAACAGGUUUAUGGUAGGCUGUGGUAGAUGUGAUGAUUGGUUUCAUGGUGAUUGUGUUGGACUGAGCCUUUCUCAAGCACAGCAGAUGGGUGAAGAAGAUAAAGAGUAUGUGUGUGUGAAAUGCUGUGCUGAAGAAGACAAAAAAAUGGAGUGUUUUGAUCAAAAUGUACCAGAUACUCAAGUGAAACUUGAGCAUAAAGAAGAAAAAGUAAGUGAGUGUGAAAAACUGGGGGUGUCAAAGCAAACACCUACUUGUAAUCUAAAUACAACUACUGAAAAAACAAAGCAAACUGAGGACACUGGGAAGCACAAAGUCAAAAUCUUCAGACGGGAAUCUGGGGAUGGGAAGAAUUUACCAGAGUCCAGAGACUCAGAUACUAAAAAAGGGCAGCAUGUUCCUGCUCGGAAGGGAUCACAAACUGCUGCAAUUCCUCGGCGGUCCCCUGAAGAUAAAAAUGAAAAAAUAAGUAAAGAAUCCCUCAGUACAGUGGAAAGGUCCACAAAAUCAGGUGUGCAUGAGAAACAAGAAAUUAAGAAAAAGAAAAAUGAGAAAGGAUCCAUUAGCGCAACACACCUGCCAGCUGUGCCAGCUUCCAAGCCUUCUGCUGAUCAGAUAAGACAAAGCGUUAAGCAAUCUCUUAAGGAAAUUCUUAUGAAAAGAUUGACAGACUCCAGUUUAAAGAUUCCUGAGGAGAGAGCAGCAAAAGUUGCCACGAGGAUUGAAAGAGAGCUGUUUUCUUUUUUUCGUGACACUGAUGCGAAGUAUAAGAACAAAUACAGAAGUUUAAUGUUCAAUCUCAAAGAUCCUAAGAAUAAUAUACUGUUUAAGAAAGUACUUAAAGGAGAGGUUACUCCAGAUCAUCUAAUAAAAAUGAGCCCAGAAGAAUUGGCUUCCAAAGAACUGGCUGCUUGGAGACAGAGAGAAAACAGACAUACCAUUGAAAUGAUUGAGAAAGAGCAGAGGGAGGUUGAAAGAAGACCUAUCACAAAAAUUACUCACAAAGGAGAAAUAGAAAUUGAAAGUGAGACACCGAUGAAAGAACAAGAGGAAGUUAUGGAAAUUCAGGAACCUAAUACAAAAUUGUUUGAGAAGUCAGAAGAAGCUGAAAAGGAUAAAGAAAUAAAUGAAUCUGCAUCUCCGGACACCACAAGUCAACAUAAAAAUCAUCUCUUUGAUCUAAACUGCAAAAUCUGCAUAGGCCGGAUGGCACCACCUACUGAUGAUCUGUCAGGGAAGAAGGUGAAGGUGUCUGUUGGAGUUGCACGGAAGCAGUCCGACAACGAAGCAGAGAGCAUUGCAGACGCACUCUCCUCCACGUCAAGUAUUUUAGCUUCAGAAUUACUAGAAGAUGAUAAGCAAGACUCAUCAAAGUCAUUCACACCUCUCCCAAAGUCAGAAACGCCUGGUACUGUGGAAUGUGAAAGUCUGUUUCUGGCACGCCUGAAUUUCAUCUGGAAGGGCUUUAUCAAUAUGCCUUCAGUAGCAAAAUUUGUUAUUAAGGCUUAUCCAGUUUCUGGCUCCUUUGAGUAUUUAACAGAGGAUUUGCCUGAUAGCAUUCAAGUAGGUGGCAGGAUAUCUCCCCACACUGUCUGGGAUUACGUAGAAAAAAUCAAAGCUUCAGGGACCAAGGAGAUCUGCGUGGUUCGCUUUACCCCAGUAACUGAAGAAGAUCAGAUCUCCUAUGCAUUGUUGUUUGCCUAUUUCAGCAGCAGAAAACGUUAUGGUGUAGCGGCCAAUAAUAUGAAGCAAGUGAAAGAUUUGUACCUCAUCCCUUUAGGUUCCUCAGAUAAAGUCCCUCAUCACCUUGUGCCUUUUGAUGGGCCUGGGAUUGAAAUACAUCGACCAAAUUUAUUACUGGGAUUGAUAAUUCGCCAGAAAAUGAAGAGGCAGAUUACUGCUGUUUCAAGUGUUACCAGUAGCUUUGCAGAUGAAGCUGCUGAAAGUACCUUGAGUAGCUUGCCACCAGAGAAGAAAAGCAAGCCAAGCAAACCUGAAGUCUCACAUCAUGAUUUGGCACUAGAAGAGGAGGAGGAAAAUAAUUUUUUUAAUUCCUUCACAACUGUGCUACACAAGCAGAGAAAUAAACCACAGCAGUCUAAUGCAGACGAUGCUCCAGCAGUUAUUGAACCGUUGGUGGAAAGUACCAAACAUGAACCACCAAAGCCUCUCAGAUUUCUUCCUGGAGUCCUGGUUGGAUGGGAAAAUCAGCCUUCUACGCUGGAGCUUGCAAAUAAACCGUUGCCAGUGGAUGAUAUUCUUCAAAGCCUUUUGGGUACGACAGGGCAGGGGUAUGAGCACAGCAAGUCAGAAGCAGGUCCUAGUGAAGACAUACCAUUAUUAAAUGAACAGGCAACCUUGAAAGAAGAAACCAGGGAUGUUGCUGAUGUAACUGCUGAAGUCGGUGAAGCAAAGGCUGGUUUGGAUGAUCCUCAAGAAUCCACUAAUGCAGCUGUAACUGUGGAUGCAGUGGCUGUAGGGACCUCAAGCUCUGCAAGAAUUGCUGGUUCUUUGAUAGGACUGAGUCUUAAGGGAAAGCCUCCAGAUGUCUCCACAGAAGCAUUUUUAGCAAAUUUGUCUGCUCAGGCACAGAAUAAAGAAACGGAAGAAAGUAAAGAAAAUGACCCAAAGCGACAGUUACCGGACAAGGAUAGUGUUGCACAGGAAGUUAGAAGGAGCACAAAUUCAAGCUUUUCUUCCUCAUCAACUUCAGGAAAAAAAAACAGUGAGAGCAAUGUUAAUGUACCCUCUGCUGAGGGUACUACUGCUAAUACCUCUAAAUCACCACCAUUUAUUAAUCUUAAAAGAGACCCACGACAGGCAGCUGGACGAAGCCAGCAGACUAAUAUUUCAGAAGUCAAGGAUGGAGAUGUUAGCAGAAAUGAAGACCGACAAAAUGCUUCAGGAAAUGAUCAAGGAGAACCAGAGAAUAAACCACUUUGUGGAGAAGGGGGCUUAAACCUGUAUCAAAGUGAAGCACAAACCAAUGAGACACAGUUCAGUUCAGCUGCAGCUAAGGCAGAUAACACAGUUGCAUCACAACCAGAAGAUACCAAACACUCACAGGAAGAUGGAUUGAUGAAAAACAUUGAAACAAUGAACUCAUUUAGAAGAGGACCAGGCGCAACUUCAUCUCAUUUUGAAACUGAGAACUCUUCUCGUUCUGAAUUUAUUUCCAAAGUCCCAAGCCCUAUGGCAAGUGGCAGCUUCUCAUCUGUUGGACCUCCACAGCAGAAUUUUCAGCAUUCUAAAUCUAAUCCACCUGGAUUUCAGUUCCAGGCUCCUGCACCUCAUAACUUCCCUCCACAAAACAACCCUAUGUUUGGAUUUCCUCCUCAUUUACCACCUCCGCUUCUUCCUCCUCCUGGCUUUGGUUUUCCUCAAAAUCCAAUGAUGCCAUGGCCACCAGUAGCUCAUUUGUCAGGUCAGCCACCACAGUAUGCCGGACCCAUUGCACAAGGGCUACCAGUGGCUCACAAACAAUCAAGAUUUUUGGGACCAGAAAAUUUUUUUCAGGGUAAAGACAGUAGGAGACCAGAAAGACGCCACAGCGAUCCUUGGGGCAGAGAAGAACAGCAUUUGGAGAGAGGAUUCAGUAGAGGAAAAAACGAUCGACAAAGACUUUACAAUGAAACCCAUCACCAAAAAAAAGACAGACAUGAAAAAGAGUGGAGCAAUGAAAAAUACUGGGAGCAAGAUUCUGAAAGAAACAGGCGCAGAGACAGAAACCAGGAAAAAGAGAGAGAGCGGAAGAGUAGAGAGGAAGGACAGAGAGACAAAGAAAGAGCGCGAUCCCCACACAGUGAUAGAGCUGCUGAUGGGAAAAGCCCCAGAGAAACUAGAAAUCCAGAAAAAAAGACAGAGAAGCCUAAAAGUGAUGAACAGGCUCAUGAAAAAGAUAAGGAGAGGGAGAAAAGCAAAGACAAGCAUAGAGAACGAGAAAGUGAAAAGAACAGAGAGAGACAUAGGGACCACAGUGACAGAACUAAAAGCAAAAGGUAAAAAGAUGCAGGCAGUCUUUUAAAUUCCUAUUUAAAUAAACUGUUAGAGUAAUGUCGUAAAACUUUGUAUGACAAAAAAAAAGAGAGCCUGCUAGGAUUGUGCCAUUGUUUUUUAUUCUGUGUUGGUGUUUUGCAGAAACAAGUCUGUGUUUUGGUACCACUCAAUGUACCAAUACUCAUCCUUUUUUUCAUUAUACCAACUAUCACUAGAAAUAGGAGUUUAAUAUUUUAAAAAUUUUACAUUGCUGUAUAUUCAAAAUUUUAAAGAUUUUUUUUUAUUAAUAUGCAAUAAAGGCUUAGGAAUUUUCUUAGCUGAGCAAGUUGGCUUUAGUCAAGUCUGCAAUAUAGUUGCUGCCUUUGGUAAUUUGUGCUCUCUUUUGUUUUAAGAUGCCCUGAUAAUUUUAAAGGUAGUUUUCAUACAAUAACCUUGUUUUUAAAUUGCACUGUUUUUAAAGACUGCAGCAAAGCCUCAGAAUCCACAUGUUACAACAAAAUGUAAUAUGCUCAGUGGUGUGAAAAGUUUGGGGUUUUUUUUAAAUUAUUCAGUAGUACAAUAAAACCUCAAGUAUAUUUCGUUAUACUAUAUUUCAAGUUUUUCCUAAGCGUCUGAAGCAGUUUGUGAUCAGAAAUUGGAAGGCUGAGCUGCUCGAAUGUUACUGCUUUAAACUGCACUUGUUUUAAUAUGAAAGCAUUUCUAACCUAAAUUCUUGAAAAUGAUUUGUAGUAGUAAAUUCAUUUCUCCCACCAUUUUCCAUGCUUCAAAAACUUGAAUACCUAAGCUUGUACAUUACUUUGUGUUUUGCUAUCCUUUUUACUGUAAAAUGUAAAUAUUUUAAGGGAUAUUUUGAUUCUAAAAUGAUAAAACUUUCUCACAUA